GAGAAAUGCUAUGAUGUCACAGCAGUCCACUCAAAUACAAAAGCAGCCAAGAGAAAGGCACACAUGCUCUCCGUUUUAACAACACAACUUUACAGAGCACUUCUCCAGCUCUGAAUACUGGAAUCAUAUGGCCAGAGUGUGGAACGAGGAAUAACAUCUCCGCAGAAGAAUCUAAAAUGCCAAUCUCUUGAAGAUAGAGGGAGCUUUUGUUUGAGGAAAGGCCAGUAAGAACUCAACACAAAAAAGGUGGACUCUUUAGAGUGUUUUGUUUAACAGCACCCAAAGGUCUCGCACACUUGCGCACAAACAAAUCAUCAACAUGCUGCAGCAAAUACUGGCCGACAUGUACAUCGACCCAGAUGUACUUGAGGCCCUGAACGAGGAACAGAAGAAAAUCCUCUUCUUCAAAAUGAGAGAGGAACAAGUCAGGCGAUGGAAAGAGAGGGAAGAGAAGGAGGGAAAGGAAGGGAUAGAAAGGCCCCGAAAAAAGAAAGGUCCUUGUAAAAGUGUGAGCUGGUUGUUGGGACGAGAUGGCGACGUGCACGUGUGUUUUAUCGGAGAAUCGGACGAGUUGAAAUCUCCAAAACCCAUCCUGUCUGAGAUGAGAGACAAGAUAGUGGCCAACACUAACAAUAUCAACAGAGCAAAACCAGAACAUGUUAAGAGCAACCUGACCAAACCCAACAGAGUACAAACAACCAGCACUGAACCAGGGAUCCAGCUACUGCUCAAGAAACAAGAGGAGCUCAGUGAUUCCAGUACCGUCUCAGAUGAGUCCAAGCAGGACAGCGGUUCUGAUCAGUCUGCUGACGACACCAGGGGCCAAACAGAUGAUUCUGACUCAGGUAGCGCCGAGGAGGACACGGGCCUGUACAGAUCACAUCAGAGCAUAAGAGAUACAUCAAUAGCAGACAGACGGAAAGAGCUGACAAUACACAGAGCAAUGAAAGAGCAGCUGUCAAUCAAUGACAAGACACGCCCACUGGACAUACCAGACAAAGGAGAGGAGAAAGACAAGGAUAACAAUCUGACGUAUGGAAGUCGCGUGGCUCUGCUCAGGAAGACCUUCAACACUACAAAUGCCAAAGGAUCUUCUCCAUGUGUCAAACCACCAAUCCCCAGCAAGCCUGCUCACCUACUGACCUCCCCCUCAGUCAGAUAAACACACACACAGUCUACUAAUCCAUACACAUCAAAUAAAGACUCCUAAUCAUCCAUGUAUACA